AAGCGAAUAGUUGAGUGAACAGCAUUCAGUUGUCGGAGAGGAGACCGCAGCAGUGUGUGCGCUAUAGGGAGCAGAUAUCAACGGAGAGAGAGAGAGAGAGAGAGAAAGUCAGACAACAGUGGCUGUUUGAGAAUAGGCAUAAUUAGAAAAAGCUCAUGACAAAAUGCAUCGAUUACGUGCAUGGUACGGAUUAUGAUGUUUUAAAAUUGAUAUAUGCAUUUAGAGUAAUCUCCUCAUCACUUAAAUAGCACUCCGCAUCAUUGGAAUGUGCACUGCUGCCAUAAACGGACGCAUCUGAAGUAGCCCAGAGCUUGUUGAUUUGGCAGUGAAGACAGGCUUUAGGGUGUAAUCAGACCUGCAUUAACCAUCACAAACAAGAUGGUCCACGGUUGACGGGACUACUAAAAUACACAUUUUUUUCUCCCAAAGCCUUAUACAUUUUGGGGACUUUCCUUGGACUAAUGGUAAUGGGAAUUGACGCGUUAAAUAAAAAAGGAUAGAGAUUUUUUUCCAAAGUACACUUGUUCUUUGGCGAUGAUUGUGCUAUUCCUUCUUCUGUGUAUUACAAAUGGAGUGGUCUCGCAGAUACGCUACUCUGUGCCGGAGGAGGCGGAUCACGGCACGUUCGUAGGGAAUAUUGCCGAGGACCUUGGACUGGACAUGACCAAAAUCGCCUCGCGGCGCUUCCAGGUGGUGCCUAGCUCGCGGACGCCGUACCUGGAAGUGAACAUGGAGAACGGGAUUCUGUUCGUCAACGAAAGAAUUGACCGGGAGCAGAUCUGCAAGCAGAGUGCCAGCUGCCUAUUACACCUUGAAGUGUUUCUGGAGAACCCACUUGAGCUGUUCCGCGUGGAGAUAGAGGUCGUGGAUAUCAAUGACAAUCCGCCCAGCUUCCCCGAGACCGACAUCACGGUGGAGAUUUCAGAGAGCGCUACCCCUGGUACCCGGUUCCCUCUUGAGAGUGCAUUCGAUCCGGACGUGGGCUCCAACGCGCUGCGCACAUACGACAUCACCACCAAUAACUACUUCUACCUGGAUGUGCAGACGCAGACCGACGGGAACAAAUUCGCAGAGCUGGUGCUGGAGAAGCCGCUGGACAGGGAGCAGCAGGCGGCCCACAGGUACGUGCUAACUGCUGUGGACGGGGGGCAGCCUCCACGGACAGGCACUGCUCUGCUGGUGGUCAAAGUGCUGGAUUCUAACGACAACGUGCCCGUGUUUGACCAGCCGGUGUAUUCGGUGAGCCUUCAGGAAAACGCACCGGUGGGGACCCUCGUUAUCCAACUGAACGCCACCGACUUGGACGAGGGGCAGAACGGGGAGAUAGUGUAUUCAUUCAGCAACCACAUAUCCAGCCGCGUCAAGGAUCUGUUCGCCAUAGAUGCGCGCACUGGACGAAUCGAGGUGUGCGGCGAGGUGGAUUUUGAGGAGAGCAGCUUAUAUCAAAUAUUCGUUCAGGCGAAAGAUCUUGGACCCAAUGCAGUGGCUGCACACUGUAAAGUUCUGGUGAAAGUGACAGACGUAAAUGAUAAUGCUCCUGAUAUCACCUUUAGCACCGUGACUGAGUCGGUGAGCGAGAGGGCAGCCCCAGGUACCGUUAUAGCCCUGCUGAGCGUGACGGACAAAGAUGCUGAGGAAAACGGAAAGAUUCAUGUUGAAAUCCUCGGUGAUGUCCCGUUCAAACUCAAACCCUCCUUUAGGAACUAUUUCACCAUUGUAACAGACGGACCUCUAAAUAGGGAGAAUGCUGACUCUUAUUCAGUGACUGUAGUUGCCAAGGAUACAGGGACCCCUUCCCUCGCAACCAGUAAAUCAAUCAAAGUGCAAGUGUCGGAUGAAAAUGACAAUGCGCCAACGUUUACGCAGCCCAUAUAUGAUGUUUAUGUGACUGAAAAUAAUGUGCCAGGUGCUUAUAUCCACGCUGUGACAGCUUUGGACCCAGACGUUGGACAGAACGCUCUAAUUAGUUACUCCAUAAUGGAUUGUGAUAUUCAGGGUAUGUCUGUGAAAACAUAUGUGUCAAUCAACGAGGAAACUGGCUACCUUUACGCACUCAGAUCAUUCGAUUACGAGCAGCUUAAAGACUUCACUUUCAUGGUUCAGGCGAAAGAUGCAGGUAGCCCCGAGCUCUCCUCGAACGCCACGGUCAAAGUGAUCAUCGUAGACCAGAAUGACAACCCUCCCUCAGUCAUUGCUCCUCUGGGUAAAAAUGGCACUGCGAGAGAGCCGCUGCCCCGCUCCGCCGAGCCUGGCUACCUGGUGACCCGUAUCGUCGCCAUGGACGCAGAUGACGGCGAGAACGCACGGCUCUCCUACAGCAUCCAGCGGGGGAACGAGAACGGCAUGUUCCGUAUGGACUGGAGGACAGGAGAGCUGCGCACUGCCCGGCGCGUCUCAACCAAGCGGGACCCGAACCAGAUGUAUGACCUGUUGAUAGAGGUGAGGGACCACGGCCAGCCACCCCUCUCCUCCACCGCCAGUGUGUUCGUGGUGCUGGUGGACAGCGUGGUGGAGGACCACCGGGAGAGGGGCACCGCCAAGUCCAAGGAGACCACUCUGGACCUUACCCUCAUCCUCAUCAUCGCCUUGGGCUCUGUCUCCUUCAUCUUCCUCCUGGCUAUGAUCGUGCUGGCCGUGCGCUGCCAGAAGGACAAAAAGCUAAAUAUCUACACGUGCCUCACCAGUGAUUGUUGCCUUGGGUGCGCCACAUGCUGCAGCAGGCAUGCGCGAGCCCGCAAGAAAAAGCUCAGCAAGUCUGAUAUCAUGCUGGUGCAGAGCGCCAACGUCACCGGGGCCGGUACAGCCCAAGUGCCCGUGGAAGAGUCCGGGAGCUUCGGCUCUCACCACCAAAACCAGAACUAUUGCUACCAGGUAUGUCUGACACCGGAGUCUGCCAAAACCGACCUCAUGUUCCUAAAGCCGUGUAGCCCAUCUAGGAGCACAGACACGGAACACAACCCGUGCGGGGCCAUAGUGACAGGGUACACUGACCAGCAGCCUGACAUCAUAUCAAACGGCAGCAUUUUAUCAAGCGAGACCAAACAUCAGCGAGCCGAACUCAGUUACCUGGUGGACAGACCUCGGCGUGUGAACAGUUCGGCUUUCCAAGAAGCGGAUCUCGUUAGCUCUAAAGACAGUGGUCACGGUGACAGCGAACAGGGCGACAGUGACCAUGACGCCACCAAUCGAGGUCACUCUACGGGCGCUGAUCUCUUCUCUAACUGCACAGAGGAGUGCAAGGCUCUGGGCCACUCCGACCGCUGCUGGAUGCCCUCCUUCGUGCCCUCCGACGGGCGCCAGGCGGCAGACUACCGCAGCAACCUGCACGUGCCAGGCAUGGACUCCGUGCCCGACACUGAGGUAUUUGAAAGCCAAGAGCAAACGGGCGAUAAGUCAUUCUCUACCUUUGGCAAAGAGACGCCCCUCAGCCACCUCUACCAAAACCACUACCAAAACCACCACAAAAACCACCUCCACCUCAGCCACCACCAUGCCACCCACGCCAACCAAGCCACGCUAGAGAGGAGAGAGUUUGAGGCGCUUCUGUCUAGCACGCGAGCGCCUUACAAACCUGCCUAUGUGACGAGGAAAAGGGUUUGCUAGCUCCUUUCGCGUGGACAUACCAGAGACUGCAUGACUUUGCACAAUCAGUCAAAACGACAAAAACUAAAUAGAGCAUCAAGUUCCAUUUCCUUAGCUGUACCACGUCUGACUGACAUUCCUCCUACGGAACACGGAACUCUGUGGACAACAUUCCCUCCGGAAUUCUAUUGGAACACUGCCGGCCUUGGAUAUUACUAUCUAUGGGACUCUGGAGGGGUUGGAAGUGGUGGGGACGGACAGAGGGACACGGUUAAGAGACGGACAGACAGACGGCUCUACACGAGGACCCCACCGCUCUCAGCAGGACUGAGACAGAGUUGAAAACAGAACUAAUAGAGGGGGAGGAGAACGAGGGAGGAGGAGGAGUGGAACGAGGGAGGAGGAGAACAAGGACAGAGGAGGACGAGGGAGGAGGAGGAGGAGGACGAGGGAGGAGAUGGAGGAGGACGAGGAUCUCUCCUCUCUGAUCUGCGUGUGCCUGUUUACAGCACUAAUGUACAUCUUUUAAGAAGAAGAGAAAAAAAACAGAAAAAAGAACAAACAAAAAAAACAGGAAACGGAACAACGACGUCACUGAGCCCUUUAGAUGUUUAUACUCACAGCAGAAGCCAGUUGUACAGGAGAUCUUUGUGCAUUUUAAAUGCAAUACCACUGUUUUAGACUUGACUGUUUUUCUAUUCAGUUUGUGUGGUCAGGUGUCUUCUCCUCAGAUCUACAGUACUUCAACUUUAUAAGGAAAGAUUGUGAUUUUUUUUUUAGUUCUGCUUUUGCUUUUUUCACAACAUAGUGAGUCUGGACAGUGACGGGCUUUGCCUUUGAAUUCUAAGCUGUUCAGUAGUUUAUAUAAUGUGUGAGAAGUGUUAACUGUACUCUAUUAAAAAGCUUCAAAAUGAAUAUAAAUCUAUAUAAAUCUAUCAAUAUAUACUUUUUCUGAAGGUAUGCUAUCUAUUCGGUCGGUUUUUUAUUGUGUGUAGACAGAGGUCCAUACGCUGCUUAAAGUGCUGUAGAAGGCUUGGGAGGAUCUUACAGGUUGGUGGCGUUCUUACCAUGAAAACAGAAUAGCCUUAUCUUUCAUGUGAAACCAAGUUUUCAUCCAGUUUGAUUAUUUAAUUUUUCACCUUUGGAUAUUGAAAGUUGAAAUUCAUGUCUAUAAAUAAAAAAGUGGUAAUAAUUUAGAUUGAAUUCCAUGGUAAUUCUGUGUUAUUGUAACCAAAAAAGGGUCAAUUAAAAAGAACAAAACAAAAAGUGGCCAAAUAAUGAAAGGUGUUGUACACAUGCAGUGUAAAAUCUAAUAUACACACAUACACACAGUCUUACACACAAACACACCAUAAUGCCAACAAUAAACCGAAAAAUGAGAAAUGUA